UUUUUUUUUUUUUCUUUUCUUUUAUCACUUAUACCUGGCUGAAAGUGCCACAUCAUAUACCCAUAGUCUCUUCUACUUGUAUUUAUUCAUUGUCUUUUUCUUCUACUUCCUUUUUUUAUCUACUGCACAGCAUCAUGACUUCAGCACCGUUCCUGCGCCUCUCUCAUGAACUUAUGGGCGAAAUCAAUCACUACUUGACAUCUGAAGAUCGCUAUGAACUCUGUUUGGUCAACAAAAUGUUGAAGGAAAACUUCAAAGGCUUUUUGGUUACUUCGAUUUCCUUACGUACGCAUUCUCAAAUCAACGAACUCUAUCGCAUCAUGUCUGAGGAGCCUCAAUUACUCCUGAGAACCAAAGAACUUUACGCCAGCUACGGCUUCCUGGGACUACAUCCUAUUAGGAAUGUUUUACAAUGUUGUGAAAACCUUACCAUGUUGAAGCUCGACAAUACACGAUAUAUCAUCACCUGGCCUGACCAAGCUACUCGGAAGUUCGAGGACUACCCUGUGUUACCCAACCUAAUUGAAUUGGAUAUCAGUUGUGAUGGUCUUUUAUCGAUAGAGAACUUGAUGUCCUUAUUCUCAAAGUUCGCCAAGUUGGAAUCCCUCAAACUUUGGAAAUUGACACGCCCAUUCUCCCCAGCUCAAGUAGAAUCCUUACAUGGUGUGUUGCCUUAUCUUCAAGAACUGCAUCUGGACUAUAUUCUCUCCGAAGACGAAAUCAUUCCCGCAAAUCCGAUUCCUGAUAUUCCUUGUGUUUUUAUGAAGAAGAUCACAUUGGCGGUGGAAGGUAGCUGGAACAAUGCUGUACCAUGGAUACGUUAUAUUGCCCGGAAAUAUCCCAAUCUUGAAAAUUUGAACAUCGCUGGCAACGUUGAUUACUAUGCCACUCGGUAUGUUCGUUUUAACUCGGAUGCAGUACAUUUGCCGUCAGCGGUGCGUCUAUUACUCGACAAUUGCAGGAAUCUAUCAUCAGUACGCUUGGACAACAUUUGGUGGACUAAGAUUUUUUUGCGUCAUUACCUGGAAGAAGAACAACGUCAUUCAAGCUCUCUCGAAAAAGUGGAAAUCGUCAACUUACGUGAUGGCGUACAUAGGGUAGUAUUUGAUCUUCUCUCUCGCUCGGUUAUGCCUUUGAUCAAAGCAUUGGAUAUUACUUUAAGCACGGAGAUCAUCAAAGACCCUGUUUUUUUAUCGAAUGGUCUCAGUUCUGGUUCUAUGCUUACUGAUCUUCAAAUCUCUCUUCCACGAUAUUGUUGCUGCCAAUCACUUAUCGUCAGCAUUCAUUGGAUUCUCGAAUCCUGUUCGUCUUUGUUAUCUCUUAGUCUGGAUACUUGUUUCCUUGGUAUUGUCAACGACUCUCUCACUGGAUUACCGCCCUCCACCGCACAGUCUCAUCACCUGGAACGUCUUGCCAUUACAAAUUGUACCGUCAAAAACGAGAUUUGGUCGUAUAUCGAAAACAAGUGUCCCAAAUUGAAUUGGCUCUCCAUCGACAAAAGUACCUUGCCUAAUGGUCGUUCACCAUAUUCGUUCAUCCAGCACAAAUUCCAGAAUCAUGUCUUUAAAUCAAUCACGAUCAAUCAAGUCUUCCAUUAUCCCUGAAGCUUUUUUUUUUUUUGGUAGAUAGUUUAUAUCUUUAGUUUUAUAUCUUUAGUUUAGUGAUUGAAAUCAAAUAAAUAAAAUAAAAAAAAAUUGAAUCAUUUCUU